UUGUAUAAUUAUAAUUUAUAAUUUUUCCAAGUGUGAGUAAAAAUGCCAAGAUCAAAAAAGAACAAGCAGUUCAAGAACACAAUGAAGAUGAAUGACACGAUAAAUGAAUUGGGAAGACACCUCUUCACCUCAUCUCGUGUUAGUUGAAAAGUCACAAUGGAAGGUUGCUCCAUUUCAAGCAUGCAUGCCUUGAAAGAGAUCAUGAGCAGCACAGGAUGGGAAGCAGGAAAUCCCAUGGAUCUUAUGAAUGAUGACAAGAUGUUCAAAGCUGAUAAAGAAAAUGUGGUUAGAGUCACUACUAAUCUGUCAGAAGAUGACAGUGAGACUGAUAAUACCUUAGGAGAUAGCAUUACUUCCGAAAACCUCCUAAGACAUUCCUCAGGUUUGCUAAACUCACCCCCUAAGUUAUCAAAGGAUUAUAAGAGGUUCAGCCAAGAGCUGCCUGCGGAUCAAGAUCUUAGUGAAAAUAUCCAAAAUUUGCCUCCAGUUAAGAUCCUAGAUGCGAAUGAAAAACUAAGUGAACUCGAUAGUGAAGGCUACAGAGCGAUUUGGGCUAGACUCAUGUACAAUGAUGUCUAUAGCAUGAGAAGAACUAAGCACUGGGUCCGCAUUGAAGAAGAGAUUGACACUUCUAACACCUGAGAUAUCGCUGGAACUUACUACCAGAACGUGAUGGGAAUGGUGGAUACAGACCAUCUCAAAUCAAAUUUCAGUGAAAGAGAUGAUAUAGCUCUCAGCAUGCUCCUUAACAAAGUUUAUUCAGAGAAAAGUUAUUAUUACAACAAGUUCCAGGAAUGAGCAAGUGAAGCACUUGAGUUUGUCAAAAGCAUUGUUGGAGAACGAUGCGUUGAAUCCUUAAUCAGUAUUCUUAUUUUAUGUGUCCUCAGAGGAGUUCGAGAGAGAAGAAGAAUUGUUUUACACCACAUAAAAGAUCUCGUUGUAUGAGAGAAGAAGAUUGAACAAAAGAAACUUUUUAAGGUUAUGAUGCUCAAGCCUUUCAAAGGAUCCGAAGCAUUGUAUAAGAAGUUCUUAAAACAAUUUAUGACAACUAUGGUAAUUUUAGUCAAAGGAACUCAAGCAUUGCUAGAAAUGUUCCAGUAUUUGACAACAAACUCUGAGCCUAGCAUCGCAGAUUAUGACUUCAAGAACUUGGGCAAGGUUUUAUUUAAUGGAAUAAUAUACAACAACCCCUUAGUGCAGGAGUGCCUAAAUGAAAUUGACAGAGAAUUGCCAGGACAACCAAUAAUCCUCUGCAGCUCAUACGAGUCAUUAAGUGAAGGUGAAACUCCUCAAAAACCAGAGUUAGAGUACAACUCAAUCAAGGUUCAUAACUACAUGAGGUUAAGCGAUGGAGAAAAGUCGGAGUUUAUUUUAUUUAUUCUGAAGACCAAGGCAGUGAAAUUCAAAGAUAUCGAGAUCACGAAUAGGAGGCCUUUCACUAGUAAAGAUUUUAGAGAUUUAAUGAUAAAUCCUCAAGCAGAUCUUUAUGGAGUAAAAUUCCCUGAACCAAAGCAGCAGUCACAAUCAUAUAGACACUUCGUUAGGCUCUUUAGGUAUAAAACCGAAAAUAAGCCUAUACUAAAAGGAUGGAAGAGGUUUAGAUCUGACUCGUAUUCCUCAAGUGACAACUUAAGUGACCAAGAUUUUCCACAUGAAAUAUUUGAAAGCGACAUCCCAACUUCCCUUAUAGAUGAUAAGUACGGACUGGACGACGACCACACCAAAGAACCCAUCCCAUGCAAGAACCAACCCACAAAAAUCGAAGAAAUCAACAACGGCUUCGAAGAACUCCUCAGAGAAGAAGAGAAGAAAAACCUUGAAGAAAAGAUGAUGCAGGAAGAGCAAAAGAAGCGCCAAGAAAAAGGCAAGAAGAAGAAAAAGAAGAAGAGGAACAAGAGGAAAAACAAGAACAAAAAGGACGAUACUGUUAAUAAAAGCGCUGCGAAGAAGGAAGUCGAGAAAGAGAUAAAACAGGAAAGAACCAAGGUUAAUGAGAAACCUCAGGGGAGACAACAAGGGAAACCCCAUAGGAGAAAGGAAGUGCAGGAGGUCUUUUAUGAGGACUGUGUGGUUAUAGAGGAGUUUAAUAAGCGUACUUUGGAAGACCUGACGGAUGAGAUGUUUGAGAAGCAGUUUGAAGAGUUUACAGAAAACCUUUCUCAUAAGUUCUUCUCGAAAGAGGAUAAGAAGAAGUUUAAUAAGACUUAUGGAACCAAAAUAAAACCGAAUAUUAUAUCUGGAUGGAUCAGUGCACUUCAGAAUAAGAUUGGGAAGUAUUUAGGAAUUGACUGAGUUCCAUUAUGAUCUUAA